AUGGCAACAAAUGCCAGCGAUUUUGGCGAGGCAUUCGAUACACUGGAAAUCUCACUACCACGUUCCGUUCGAUUUUGGUUACUUCUUCUUGUUGACACGCCAUCGAUUAUUUGUAGUUUUAUUCUCUUAUUUUAUCUGUUCGGAAAUCGAACAGCUCGACAAGCGUUAAACAACCAUGUGAUCGUAAUUAUAAUUCUAUUUGGUUUGGGAACUGAAUUGAUCGAUGUGCCACUUUAUCUGACAUUUAUUGUCAAUUCUGGCUGGGUUACACCUGCGACUCCAGCUACAUGUCUGAUCUGGUGGUUUGUCGCAUUUGGAUUAUAUAACGGUGGACAAGUUCUCAUGGCUUGGGCAGCAAUUGAACGACACAUCCUAAUAUUUCACGAUAGAUGGCUUGGAACAAAGCGUAGUCGAUUCAUUGCUCACUAUUUACCUUUAAUUCUUGUACUUGUCUAUGUAUUCGUCUUUUAUGUAUACGUACUUUUCAUGUUUCCAUGUGAAAAUGUGUAUGUUUACGAGUUACCAGUGUGUGAUGCGUAUCCGUGCUAUCAAGAAGAUUCUUUCUUGGGAAUUUGGGAUUUUUUGGGGAAUAAUAUCUUACCGGGAUUUUUAGUUGCCGUUGUCAGUAUGGCACUAUUGGUGCGUGUAAUUCGACAGAAGCAACGAUUGAAUCAAGCUGUUCAAUGGCGUAAAAUACGGAGAAUGACCAUACAGUUGUUAUCAAUAUCAAUCUUGAACGUUAUUUUUAUUCUACCAUUGAAUCUUCUUGCACUUGCACAUAUGUGUGGUUUACCAGAAGACUAUGGUGCACAAAUACAACAAUAUCUUUAUUUUGCUGGAUACCUUUUUAUAUUUCUCAUACCAUUUGUCUCCUUAGCUUCACUGCCGGAUUUAUGCAAAGAAAUUCAAAUGAAAAUACAAUGUCGACGACAAUCGCAAGGUCGUGCAAGCAUUAAUAAUGGCCGAACAACUAGCACAGCUCGCCGACAAUAG